GUCUAUAAAAUUGGUGAUUUGUAGCAAAUUUUCGCUACAGUAGGACAAGCUUUCGGUGAGACUCAAACUUCAGGAUAGUUUUUCCAUAGGUAAAAACGUAGGUCAGGAUGUACGGAUAAACGUUUGAAGAUCAAGUUUUAAACGAGGUCUGUAUUUGAAGUCCUACCUAGUAGGACCUAUUUCAGAUUACAAAAACCACAAAAUGAUAAUCACCAAGGCAUCUGCAGUAUUCUUAAGAUUAUGGAUGCUUGCAAAUCUAUGGAAUUAUUGCAAUGGGCUGAUUCUUCGCCUUCCUUGCCUGGUCCAUGCAGAUUUCACCAUAUUUGAAGUUGAUUGGUCUCUACAAGGAAUCCUGUUGGCAACAAUACAAGGUAUCCAUGAUGCAGACUGCACGUUGGAAUGUGUAAAGCAUCCUAAAUGCAAAUCAUACAAUAUACAGAAUGUCACUGCCAUUUGUGAACUGAACAGUAAGAUUGCUGGUGAAAAUGGAAGUAGUCUUGUUCAAAGACCUGGCUGGGUUUACAAGUCAACAGAUUACAACCAGACAGAGAUUGGAGAAACAUGCCAGAAGCUUCAUCCAUGCCCACGUGGCGUUCUUUGCAAAGAAACGUGUCAUCAUCCUUACUACGAAUGCGUUCAUUGCGACGGUCAACAAUAUGGGCUUCAUUGUGAAAGCCUGAAAAGCCUACACAACUGCAAUAACAGCCCUUGUCAAAACCAAGGUACAUGUAGCAGUAUUGGAGAAGAGUUCAAAUGUAUGUGUACUCCCGGAUUUACAGGAAGAUUAUGCGAUGCAGAAAUAAAUGAAUGCCAUUCUCUGCCAUGUUUUAAUGGUGCAACCUGCCAAGAUUUAUUGAACAGCUUUAGGUGCACGUGCAAUCCUGGCUACACCGGAACGCAUUGCGAAACAGAUAUCGACGAAUGUGCCAGCUCUCCUUGCCAAAGUGGAGGGACUUGCUCUGACAGAGUCAAUGAAUAUACCUGCAACUGUGCUCCAGGAUUCGAAGGAACAGUUUGUGAGAUAAACAUCAACGAAUGCUCAAGCAGUCCAUGUCAAAAUGGUGGAACAUGCCAUGACGAAGUAAACAGAUUCCGUUGCCAGUGUUCUCCUGGAUAUACCGGCGCUCUUUGCUCUACAGAAAUCAACGAAUGUGAUAGCAAUCCUUGUCAAAAUGGUGGAAGCUGCAAUGACUAUUUGAAUUAUUUCUCCUGCUCUUGCAACCCAGGAUACGGUGGACCAACAUGUGGGACAAAUAUUAACGAAUGUGCCAGCAAUCCUUGUCAAAAUGGUGGAAGCUGCAAUGACUAUUUGAAUUAUUUCUCCUGCUUUUGCAAUCCAGGAUACGGUGGACCAACAUGUGGGACAAAUAUUAACGAAUGUGCCAGCAAUCCUUGUCAAAAUGGUGGAAGCUGCAAUGACUAUUUGAAUUAUUUCUCCUGCUUUUGCAAUCCAGGAUACGGUGGACCAACAUGUGGGACAAAUAUUAACGAAUGUGCCAGCAAUCCUUGUCAAAAUGGUGGAAGCUGCAAUGACUAUUUGAAUUAUUUCUCCUGCUUUUGCAAUCCAGGAUACGAUGGACCAACAUGUGGGAUAAACAUAGAUGAAUGUGCUAGCAUGCCAUGUCAAAACGGUGGACAAUGCAUUGAUCAUUUGAAUAUGUACUCCUGUGUAUGUGCACCUGGUUACUCCGGGUACAACUGCGAAAGAGAUAUCAAUGAAUGUGCAAGCUCUCCUUGCCAAAAUGGAGGAACUUGCAACAACCUAGUUAAUCAUUUUACAUGCACUUGUGCUUCUGGGUACACUGGAACAAUAUGCUCAAUGACUUUUGGAGGUUGGGGAAGAUGAAGAAGAAGACGAAUCUAGCCAUUAAAAAAAUAGAAGAACAAUCCUUGGUUCUUUAUUGACCGGAAAGUUUUAAAAUUUCUGGCUUCUUCAUUAGACGAAUUCAUUUAAAUGAAGGCAAACAAUGAAACUGGAAAUGAUUGGAGUGACUUAAGCUACGUUCAGCAAAGCCAUUGAAAAAAGUAUAGUAAAACAACUACGAGAACUCCGUAAAAUUAAAAACUUUAAAUAAUUUAAGACAAACCGUUUUAACUAACAUUAAGGAACAUUUUAACUAAGAUUAAAAUUAAAUUUGAAUGUAUAUAGUUAGAUCUGCAUUUUAUUUAUUUAAUGUAUUCUACUUUUAUUUAAUGAGAUUCACUUUUAAUAUGUCAAUUUAAGGCUCAGGGCAUAGCACACACAUUGAAAACAGCGGUCGCGUUGAAGUGCAAACCCUAAAUAUAUAUAUAUAUAUUCUGAUUCAGAUGUUUUGCGCAUCGAUAAAUCAGAUUUUCUGUCUAUAAAAUUUAGCCCUAUUUGUUUUUCUCAAAGUUUUACUUGUCUCUUAUGAAUAAAAGUUUUAAAAACUGAUUUUAAGUAAAUUAUUUAUGGUUUGGUCUUACGCUUUGUCAGUAAAAAGACACUUGAUAAUACGACUUUUCCUCGAUCGAUGCAAUUAAUGCGUUCGGUUUUCACUUGGCAAUAACACUGUCGUGCAUUCAGUAAAAAAGUGGUAAAAUCAACUUUGAUUUAAGGCAGUUGUUCCAGACAGUUCCAGACAGUUAGAUGAUGCUUCUAAAUGUGAUAUCAUGUGAGUUAGAUGUGAUGGGGGGCUCUACAGCUCUGCCUGCUUCCAUCGAUGAUAGGUAAUAUUAUUUCAAGUAUUUCAAAUUGGGUUCAUAGUUCUGAACUUAUUAGCUUACGCUAAAUUCUGCACAAGAGUAAGCUUUGAAGCAUAUGCCUUUUCAUCUUGCAUAUCCAGACAACGUGAACACGUACGUUUUCCGCAUGUCCAUGCGGGAAGCUUGAAACAAUAUGCCAUAAGCUUUUUCAGUUCAUAGUUUCCAGACAUGCCGUCGAGGAAUGUUCCUCUUGCCCUUCUACUUGUACGGAGAAAAAAUUAAAAGGAACAGCAAAACAUGCUGGUAUGUUCUACCUACAAAUACUUUGCGAACCGUUUGGGGGGGAUUGUGCCGUUAUUGUCAACGAGUCGCGUUUGAUGUCAAUGAUUCCUGUAUAAAUAGCCAUUUUUCUUGCUCCUGUCCAAUAAUUAAAUAUUUCUGCCGAUUCCUUACCCUGGGUUCCAGACCGACGCUCCUCUAGUAAGGAAUCAUACAUGUGGGGGUAUUUUUGUAUCUCUUCACAAAGUUUUCUUUCAGAGUCGGCCAUUGCUAAGACAUUUUCCGUACGGAAGGCAAAAAAAGUUGAAGAUUUCUCAACUCGAUAAGUUCAAGGCAUACGGGUUUGCGGAAAACAGAAUAAACUUCCUUGCGCUGACACGCAAAACUAUUUUUUGAUAUAAUGUAGAAAAUGAUGCAUGGAAUCUUAAUUUCAAGUUUUCGGUUAAUUAUUAUUGUCCGUACUAUAUAGCUAGGUAUUUACGAAAUAAUAGUGAUUACAAAAGAUACUACUCCCAAGAUUAAUUAGAUAAAUUGAAUGAAGAUACAAAAAUCCCAAAUGAAAUAAUUAAUGAGCCUAAAGGUGCAAUUAGAUAAUAAAAGGAAUUAUAAACAAUCGAAUGUACAAAAGGUGUUAAAUAACUAAGGUUACAAGUUGUAAAACAAACGAAAUCCAAACUAGCACUAUUACACCAUUCGGGAGAAAAUCAUGAGAGAAUUCCUAGAAAGACUCAAAGAUAGUUCUGGCAAGUUCUUGCAGGAAGAAACGUCUGGAACCUCAAAUAUGCGGACGACACGACGAUUCAGGUCCAGAAAGGAAUGCAAAGAGAUGGGCGAGGAAAUGAUGACCGUUAGCAAAGAAGUGGACCUCUACAUCAAUAAAUCCAUUUGCAAUGAAAGUGCACGGAGGUGGAGAGUUGGAGAUCGAUGGUGAAAGGAUUGAGGAAGUGAAAAAAGGUGAAACUCAGGGGAUCAUAAAGAGUAGAAUUUCUCAUUUCUUGAACUGUUGCAGACAAAAUGGCAGAAAUGUGGCAGUCAGGAGAAUUGAGCAUUCGUCUUAAAGUAAGACUAAACUAUGAUGGUUUGGAGCAUAGUUUUGUAUGGUUGUGAAACGUGAACCAUAAAUAAGUAAGACAGAUAAAGAUCAAUGCCUUUGAGAUGUGCCUGUGGAGAAAAAAGAUGAGAGUUAGACAGGGGUGGCGCUAGAGACAAACCUUCAAGGUGCCGAAGUUUAUAUUCUCCGUAACUGCCGACGCUGAAUGUGUCAAAUUGCCGACAGGCAGGGCCGUCGCGAGGCAAGCCUUGUUUGGGGUGAGGUGUGUAAUGCAAAUUUACCUGAUUAAAAAAUUAUUGCCUUAAACUUUUUAGCUGGUGUCACAAACCUCUGCAAUACAUUUUGUCAAUCUAACUCUGUAUGAUAAUAACCGACUUUCCUAAUAGUCUUGUCAAAUCUCUAUAUCGGGACGGGCAAAAUAUAUAGUUACUACCUGAGGCGGCACCAUGGUUGCCGCCGAAGGGACAGGAAAUGCACUCUUUUAAGCAGAUUUCACUAAAGCAAUCCUCCUAAUCCUAUUGAAAAUUAUUGUCUUUUUGCAAAACUUUUUUACAGCAGUUAAAAACAACAUCUUUGCCGUGGUCUUGAAAAAUACCAGGUUGUCAGUUACUUCUAAAUUUAGAUCCCUCUUUCCAUCUUAGCAUGCCUUUUGAAUGUUAAGGAAAAUAUGGAGCUCAUAGUGAAUUGCAGUUGACGCUUCUACUGGGAAACUUUAGGAGAAAUGGACACGAGGCACAAUUUUACCUAAGAUAGCUUGAUCCUUCAUUGAUUUUAUGACAGGAAAGUCUCUGAAAUACCUAAAGCGUUUCUUCCACCGAGCGGAUUUUACCUGAAAUUUCCUAUUGAGAUACUAUUGGGGUGGGUGUGACAACCCCCCAGUCGCGAAGCCCCUGAGCAGCACCUCCAAUGAAGGGGCACCGAGGGGUCAUGGCCCCCACUUUUUUACAAAGCAAUAGAGCAUUUUUCCAAAAUCUUUUGUUGUGGGUGCAAAAUUCUCCCUUGACCCCUCCCCACUCCCCACUUUCCAACCUGUGUCGGAGUCCACGAGAUUUUCUCGGCAAUUUGUGCCUUGUAAGAAACUUAAUGCGCAAAUAUUGCCUAUAGUUGAAUAUUUCUUCCUAUCUAUGGUGGAAGAAGUUAAUCGAUGGUUUUCUCUAAACCAUUUGUUUGUCACAAGCUAUGCGGUGAACAAUGCUAUUGAAAAAUAGUUGAUGAAAAAGGAAAAGAAAUGCUUUUUGAAAAAUCUAUUACGCAAAAUGUGCUCAUGAUCGAAAUGUUUUCAUUGGCAAUAAUAAUGUCUUGAAA